CUCCGGAGUCCGCCGCGCCGGAGCGCGGGGCCGCGGGCAGCGAUGGCGGCCUCCCUGCCCCUCGGGGCCACCGUCUGCACCCCCGGGGCCGCCCGACACGGGAAAAAACGCCCGGCCAGCCCCGCCAACAACGGCAGCGGAUCGGCCGCCGGCAGCAAGAAGAGAAAAGGGGCCGCUUCCGCCUACGGGCAGGGCCUCAGCAUCGAGUCCGUGAGCGAGACCAAGACGGUCCCGAUGGAUUCCAGCGCCGGCCCGGUCGAAGCGACGGCUAAACCUCUGCCAUUUAAGGACCCAAACUUUGUGCAUUCUGGCAUUGGGGGAGUAACAGCUGGCAAGAAGAACAGAACCUGGAAGAAUCUGAAACACAUUCUCGCUUCUGAAAGGGCAUUACCAUGGCAACUGGACGAUCCGAGCUACUUCAGCAUUGAUGCCCCGCUGUCUUUCAAACCUGCAAAGAAAUACUCUGAUAUUUCAGGACUUAUUGCCAACUACACGGAUCCCCAGAGCAAGCUGAGGUUCAGUACGAUCGAGGAAUUCUCCUACAUCCGGAUGCUCCCCUCCGACGUGGUCACGGGCUACCUGGCCCUGAGAAAGGCCACCAGCGUGGUACCCUGAGCGUUGACGACGAGGAAAACUUCUGACCGGCCUCAAGACCAUUCCCGGGUCGUUGACUCAAGACUGUUUCCUGGCGAUCCCAAACUAUCAGAAGCGCCCCGUACCCUGGGAGGAACGUCUGGGUAUAAAUGGGAUUUUUCUUUUUUAAAUAAAACUUGCCGCUUUUCCAGAGUUUUCUUUUAAGGUAUUUGUUAAGCUCUUACUGUGUUUUGGGUGUAAAUGGGAUUUGUCUUCUUUAAAUAAAACUGGCCGCUGUUUCAGAA